GCAAUAAAAGGGUUUGAAGCCAAGCGAGCCCUCCACGAUUCAGACAGAAUUGAAAAUGGCGAUGGCGAUGGUGAGAUCUGGUCUUCGAACAGCUCUUCGAAGCCGCACGCCGGCGGCUGCCCCCAAGAGGAACUAUUCUUCCUCUGCUGGCCACGACGAUGCCCGUGAGACUGCAAAAUGGGAGAAGAUUACUUACCUAGGCAUUGCUACAUGCACUGUCUUAGCUGUUGUUAACCUAUCAAAGGGUCAUCCCCACCAUGAAGAACCCCCUCGGUAUGAUUAUUUGCACAUUCGUAAUAAGGAGUUUCCCUGGGGUCCAGAUGGUCUUUUUGAGACGAAACAGCACCAUUGAUGGCAAUUUCUAGCAAUUAAGAUUGUUUAGUACAUUCCUCCUUUGUCAUCAGGGCUUUUAAGACUGCCUUGGAUAUUUGUCCGGAAGUUCAUGUAAGAACUUUGAUUAUGCCUUAAGGUGAUCCUUUUGGGACUGCAAUGUUGAUGCAGGGUGUUUUCUUUUUCUCUCUCUUUUUUGUUCUUCCUCUUUUGGCUGUGUUUCCGGAAUCUGCCAUCUCAUAAUCUUGCAGCUGAAUAAAGAUUUUAUGAACAUUUGGAAUGUCCUCAA